AUGAGAUUAAAUUUACUUGUAAAAUAACAAAAAUAUACCUACGCGGUGGAGGCUGUGAAUAAUAAUAAUAAAAAUCACCUGUAGAGAUGCCUGCGCACGCGUACUAAAUUGCUCUUAAAGUUCGUUGUCCAUUGUUAAGUAGUCUUUUACAGCUGCCAGUGGAUUGUAAUAUAAAUGUGUAUAUUUGCAAUAAUGUGAUUUAAAAAUGAUUUAUCUAUUAAAAGUAGUGCGAAAGUGAUGGUGUUCGAUAGUAUUUAAAACCUAUUUUGCUGAUUGCGUUGUUUGUCGUCGGAAUUGUGUGAUUUGUGUAAUUUUUUCGUUUAUUUUCAAUUUGACUUCUUUGGAAUUUGUAAGGCAAAUUCCAAUUGAUGUGUAAAAAUGUCGCUGUAUACGCAAAAUAUUACCAAGGCGAAUGAAAACGGCUAUAGCUGGUAUGAAUGCACUUGUUGCCCCUAUGGUUAUCACAUAGACCUAGAUUUCGUACGAUACUGCGAGUCUUUUGGUAAGCUGGAAAAUGAUAAGACAGGGUCCAUAAAACGGCGUAAGGAUAGGCGCAGGCAAAGGCAGUCUAUGGAAGUAUUGUUGGGAUUAACGCCUGCAGUUUUAAGUGUGUUAGAGCAAAAUUAUAAGUCGAUUCAGGAACAAGAAUCACCAAAAUUAGUGCAAAAACAAGAACUCAAUGUUCAUUUUACAUUCAACCAUGAUGGUUUCAAUGAUGCUGUAUCUGAUUUUGAAAGAACACUCCAAAGGUCCUCCAAAAAUAAAUUGUCCCACAAUUUACCAGAUGUCACUGCUGUGUCAGAAAACAUACGAAGGGUUCCGUCGAAUUCUUCUAUGUCAUCGGCUUCUGGAUCCAGCAUGACAGUGCUGCAACCGUCCAACGAGGUGACUGUACAGCAGGAUUUUGACACUGCGAGCAUCGAAUCCUGCGGACUGAGUCCCGUGGCCCUGCAGAACAUCAGAGAACAGAUGGCAUUGUCUUUGGAGCGAACCAAACUGCUCGAGGACCAAGUCAAACUGAUACCAGAUCUAAAGGACCACAUUUCAAGUUUAAAAGAAGAAAAUCGCAAGUUACAACUACGCUUAAAAUCCGAAGAGACACAGAGACUGAACAACAUCGAAGUGAACUACCUGAACAACAAGAACAGAUCGAGAUCGUUCAACAACAUAGACAACUUGGAUGGUUUGCAGCAAAAAAAAGAACCACCUCCGCCCCCGCCGAGAAAAGACUUCGGGGUUAUGUGCGGCGUUUUGACCAGAAACGUCGGAGUCGGUCACCAAAACCCGAACACCAAAAGCGUGUCGACGACGACGUUCAGCGAUUUGGAGAACGGGAAUGCUGAUAAAUGGUUCACGGAAAAAGUUAGAUUUAUGAACAACCAAAACUUGACCGUCCCCGGUAAAGAUAAAGGCACCCAAACCAUACAGUCCAAGGAAAAACGCGAUGUCACCGUGCAAACAAUUGAGGCUAAAACGCGUUUGGUGGACUCCCAAUCGCAAACCAUCGAAGUUAAAAAGCCAAAUACGAACGUUUCCACCAUGGCGCAACCGAAAACUACAGAUUUCAACCAUCAAAAGUCCAUAGAAAGUCGCACCGUAGCCAUAUCGAGCGAUACCAUUAACGACGUACUCUGCAAGUGCUGCGCAGUAGAAAAAGUGUCGCGCGCAGUUGGGCCUGAUACUACCGAAGACUCCCACACCGGACCAUCCCCAAUAUCACUGGCAUCCCUCACAGUACCAAGAAGCAAAUCCUUCAAUAUGGGAGAGGAUAAAUUGAAUCUCGCAUCUAGAAAACGCACUGUGUCGUGUCAGUACGAAUCUUCUAAUAUGUCGCGCUCAUGUCAAGCCUCGCCGAAAUCAUCAUCGAAGUCUUGUCAGCACGAGUUAAUAAUAUUAGCCGAAAAACACACGCAAUCGGAGAAAUUAUCAUCGGCAACUAAAACAACUGACACCAAAGACUUGGUUACUCCCAAAAAACACGUCGCCUGCGAAGCGAAGGAAAAGUUGAAAAAAUUGAGCGAUAAAGCGUGUGAAGCUGACUUAACCGAAAAAGAAAGUUGCCUGAAGUGCGCUAAUAGGGAGAAGGAGGAAAAUUCGAAAAAGGACGGAAGCGGAAGUCCAACUCCAUCGAGAAUACCAAGACCGCAAAUACCGACGACUCCAGUGGAAGUGAGAAAGUUCAGAAGGCAGGAUACUUACACGAAAUUAUACAACGCCGAAAAGAGUCCGCCGUCUUUGAGGUUGUCAGGUUUAGACCUCUCGCCCAAGUCCAUAUCAAACGAGACGAGUCCUUUGGAAAAAGUGAAGCAAAAUUUCAAAUUCCCCGAUGUUUCGACGACCAGUGCCGCUCAAAAUGGUCCGUCGAUAACGAAAGUCCACGUACAAGAAAUAACACUGCCCAUACCGGAGAGCAGCUCUUACCACACAAUACCAAACAAUCAAAAUCACAAGAAGGCUGUGCCCAGCAAGGAAAUGCAGGGUGCCAUGAAAGUCCUCAACGACUCGCUGCUCAAAAACCCCUCGAAGGCGGUCAAAAAUCCCAGCGCUAUCAACAUAGUGCAGCAAGAGUGGUUCAAGGUUUCCAGCCUGGUCACAGCAAAUCCUUUAAACGUCGAAGACUAUUUGGACGCCUUCGAAGACAUGUCUUCAAUUCUACUCGAAUAUGUGGUCAAUAUGACCGACGCCAGCGGCAACACCGCCAUGCAUUACGCUGUAUCGCACGGUAAUUUCGACGUUGUUUCCAUUUUACUGGACUCCAAAGUAUGUGAUAUUAACAAACCCAACAACACCGGUUACACCAGCGUAAUGUUGGUAUCACUGGCCAAAGUAAAGUCCGACACCCACGCCAACGUAGUUAGAAGACUUUUCCAACUCGCCGAUGUUAACAUACGUGCCAAACAACACGGCCAAACCGCUUUAAUGUUAGCCGUAAGCCACGGUCGCCUGGAUAUGGUUUCAAUGUUGCUGGAAGCUGGCGCCGACAUCAACAUCCAGGAUGAAGAUGGCAGCACUGCGCUGAUGUGUGCAGCUGAGCACGGCCAUAUUGAAAUCGUGAAGCAUUUCCUCAGUCAUCCUGAUUGUGAUUCCAGUAUAACUGAUGUGGACGGCAGUACGGCUCUUAAGAUAGCGAUGGAGGCCGGUCAUCGACACAUUGGCGUUUUGUUGUAUGCUCACGAGAGGAAUCACCAGAAGAAUCACGGGGGGAUUAAAAUAAAGAAAACGAAGUCGGCGAGUCCAAAAACGCCCUCCUCCCCUUUACCCAUUAGAAGUAGUCACCGUGCCUUAACUGAUACUAAACCUCCGAAGUAAUUGUUUAACUAACUGUAUAUUAACAGUUAUUGGUGUGUCAUAAUAUGAAACUAAUUAUUUUUAGUGAUAUACAUAAAUUUAAUAAUUGUUAACAAAGAGAUGGCUCAUGUAACUAGAAAUUAAUUAAUGGAUCUGUUACCAUAAUGGUUACUUACAAAUUAUUUAUUAUAUUUGUUGAUGAAUCACACCAAAUAGUUCCAGGUCAAGUCAAAUUUGUUUAAAUAUUUUAUACACAUAUACCAGUUUAGUAGGGACCAAAUUAAUAAUUUGUUUUAAAAUUACUAUUUGGACAGUCCGAGAUUGUUUGCAUUCCAUAUUGAAAAUUUUAUUAUUGACUUGAAUUUUUGUAGAUUAUCUUUGUAUAUUUGUAAUUAAUAAAACUGACUAU